AUGGGCCAGAGCCUGCUCCCACUCCUGGGUACUGCCAACAGCACACAGCCACAGCGUGGGGACGGGGAUGAUGUGGGACCAGCACAGGACCUGCGGGGCCACCUGGAGCGAGUGCGGCAGCUGGAGCUGCGGAUCCGGCAGAGGAAAGCGGAAAGUGAAGCCACAUCGGGAGCACGGCCAUCCAGGGACACUGGAGCAGCAGCUCCUGCGGCAGAGGCCGGAGAGAAGCCCCCAGCAUACCAGCGGUUCCACACCCUUGCUCAGGACCUGCCCCCAGGGCUCACGCUGCCCUACAAGUUCAAGGUGCUGGCAGAGAUGUUCCGCAGCUUGGACACCAUCGCCGGGAUGCUCUUCAACCGCGCCGAGACCAUCACCUUCGCCAAGGUCAAGCAGGGGGUGCAGGACAUGAUGCGCAGGCAGUUUGAGGAGCGUCACGUGGGGCAGAUCAAGGCUGUGUAUCCCACCUCGUACCGGCUGCGCCAGGAGAAGAACAUCCCCACGUUUGGUGAUGGCAGGAAGAAGUCAGAGUACCAGCUCACGCUGGAGCCAGUGGUGGGAGAAGAGGAGAAGGUGGAUGGUCGCCCUCACCUGUCGGCAUCGCGGUUGUUGGAGCGCAGGAAGGAAUUCCGUCGGAACCUGGUGAACAUCGUCAAGCAGCACCACAAGGCAUUCCUGGCUGCUCUCAGCCCUCCCCUGGAGGUGCCAGAGGACAAGCUGACCCGCUGGCAUCCCCGCUUCAAUGUGGAUGAGGUGCCGGACAUCAGCCCUGUGGAGCUGCCACAGCCACCACAGGAGGACAGGCUGAGCACAGCCCAGGAGGUGCUGAACACAGCUCGGGGGAUGCUGAGCCCCAAGAUGGAAAAAGCUCUUGCCAACCUGGCCUUAAGAACAGCCGAAGCCGGUGCGGGGGAACCGGUGCUUUCCAAAGCACCGUCCCCUGCCAGCACCGCCAGCGCUCUCAAAGGGGUGUCCCAGGCGCUGCUCGACAGGAUCCGGGCAAAGGAGGCGCGGAAGCUGCAGGCGCUGAUGACGCGGGACACGCAGCAGGAGGAGCGCGUGGCCAUGCUGGGCCGGCUGCCGGCCAUGGCCCGAGUCCUGCGCAGCGUCUUUGUGGCUGAGAAGAAGCAGGCGCUGCCCAUGGAGGUGGUUUGUGCCCGCCUGGGCGACAGCUACGACGAGCUGAUGGCACCUGCUGAGAUGGAGAAGCACCUGCGGCUCUUCGCGGAGCUCCUGCCUGACUGGGUGGGCAUCCACGCCAUCAGGACAGACACCUACAUCAAGCUGGACAAAGAGAAGGACCUUGGCCUCAUCACUGAGAGGCUCACCAAGGCGGCGAAGGAGGCGGAAGCCCUCUGAGCCCCCUAGGGAUCGAGGUUUGCCCUGUGCAAUCUCCUCUAAAUGUAGCAAAUCCCAACUGCACUCUGAGUUCUGGUGUGGGCUGAUGGGAGGCUUAUCCUCAGGGCUGUCUGAGGAAGGGCAAAAUGCCUUAAUUUUUUUAUUUAAGGGAUCCUGGGGUGGGACCCAUGAGGGCUGUAGCUCCCCUAAUCCUCAAGCAAUCCUACAUCCUGGGGUGACAAUGCAAGCGACGAAAAUGAGCUGAGGAACCUCUUCUUGGCUUUCCUGUGUUCUACUGAAGUUUUAAUGCAGGAUGUUUCUCCUGAAGAUCUAAUUUUUGAGGUCUCUUCCAUGAACUGGGUCCUGGUGGGGUGAAGGUAGGACAGGGCAGGGUGAGGUGAGAGGGUGACAGGCAGGAAGGAGUGAGAGAGAAAGUCACAAAUCGACGGUCUUGGAGCUUUGGGCCUUGUUCUGUUUUUAAGGGAGGGAAAACGCAUCUUCCAGCCGUCACUGGAAACAACUACAGGACUUGUCAAAACAUAUUUGUAUUAAAUGUUUUAAAUAUAGCUGACUUGUGUUAACCCA